CGAGAGUUUCUCUCUUCUAUGUAAAAUAUUUUAGAGAGGGAAUAGAGCUGAGAGAGAAAGCUCCACUGUUCCCAUAAAAUAUAAUAUAUAUGAUGCUAUGAAUAUGAUUUACAAACUUGUUUGAAAUGCAAUAACCUUGAAAUUAACCACGAUUGACCAAGGUUGUCUAACGUACUGCAUUGACUUUGUCACUUUCACACCUAAACGAUUGUUUUUCUUUUGUUAUUAUGUUAACAUACCUAGAGUUCGUAAAAGUACGCAAGUACAAUCGGUUGGUACAAUAUAUAUAUAUAUAAUAUAAAUUAUAAAUUCAAUCAGCUGACCAACUACAUUACACAAUAGAUAGAUAAUCCUUUAGUUUGUCAAAGUUACUACUUUAUAUCCUACGCGGUGUUUUUAUUGUUUAGUUUAGAUUUUAAAAUUAAAACAAAAGAACCGUUAGUUACUGGUUCUUAGAAUGUUUAUAUAGACCAAAAUAUGUGAAUUUAUUCUUUUUUUUUCUGUCUCUUUUUAAGCCCAUAUUAUUUGUCAAAAACACUUUUGUAAAUACAAUCGGAAACUAAUUUUAACAAAGGAAUGUGCUCAUGUCCAUGCUUAGUCGGACACUACAACGUAAUCCGGAUAUUCAGUACUACUUAACUAACUAAAAACAAAACAAUGAUCAUAAUAUACUAACUUUUAAGCACACAUCAAUUUUUUUAUUUGUGGUUUUUCCUGGCAAACUUUUCAUCUCUUAUAACAAACAGACGGUUUACUACUUUUUGUGCCAUACUGAUUUUGAUUGUACCCUUUAUAGGACACAUUCCAGCCAUCCUAGAAUAUAGGAAGACGGCAUAAUAGACCAAAACUGAUCUACUCUAUCUAAUUCAAGUUUAUACUGCCCGUUAAGUCAGACUCAUCCAUGGAAACUGCAAAACAACUGUAUUCAUAUAAUAAUAUAGUAGUUCUGAAUAACUGCAUUGUCACUUUUAUUUUUCGUUUAGCUUCAACUAAGUUCAAAUUUGUGUGUUUCUUAAAAUAUAUAUCCUAUCUAGUACUUUUAAAAAGGAAAAAAAAUUUAUUUCGGUCACAUUAUGUUACAAACUCAUGCAUUUACAAAGUAACUAGUAACCAAUGCAACAUUCAUAUAUACCGUACGUAAUUGUAUUUUUUUUGUUUUUAAGAUUACAAUAGUAAAAGCAGUAAUGGCGGCACUGCCCAUCGAAGUACCAUUUGUAGUUUAUAAUUUUGUAUCGUUUGCAUGUUCCAAGAAAAAUAGCAAGACCUUUUUCUUUAGAACACACGGAACUUGUAAAGACUAGUAGUAACGGAAACGGUCUAAAAUAUCCUAGAAAAUGGCCAGCCAAAACAUUCCUAGAAUUUCAAUAUUCCUUAAAAAUAGGAAGGCGGAAAACAAAUCAAACAAAACACAAAGUCAAGUCAAACAAACGAAGGUCAAAAUGAUAAUAACUUUCAAAACUCAAGGCUAAUAAAAAUCCAAAUUACGUGACAGCCGCCACCAUGAUGUUUAUUUAAAUACCCGAACAUACUUUCUUUUGGCAUCUAUGGUCUUCUCCUAUACAAACUCUCUCUACUCAAUCGCUCAUGCAGACACUUACGCCUAACGUCGAGUUAUUCCACGCGAAACGCAGACAUUUCACAUGCAGUACUCAAACCUCGACCUUCAUCCCGACAAAGCCACUUUCUGUUUUUCCGGCGACUAAAAACAACCGAGAACAUCUCAGAAACCUAGAGAAUGUUCUCAAGACCUCGUCAAACUCUAUAGAUAACUUCAACAACAAGGUAUCUUCUCGCCAAGACAAGACGACUACGUUACUCGGAGGUUUGAACUUGGCGAGACUCUGGCCUCAGAUGAAAGCCGCCGUCGACGAAAUGUCCCCCAAGAAUCUGAAGCGGCUUCAAAGGCUUCUCUCGAAAUCAUCAGAAGAGCGUUCGCCGAAGAAUAAACUCGGGUCUAAAUGGCGGGAGCUACACGGGUCGAACAACUGGGCCGGGUUGCUGGAUCCACUAGACGAGGAUCUCAGGCGAGAGCUUGUCCGUUACGGAGAGUUUGUGCAGGCGGCUUACCAAGGGUUUCACUCGGACCCGGAAGGUUCGCCGAGAGACGUAGCCUUACCAGACGGGUCUUACAAAGUAACGAAGAGUCUUUACGCCACGUCAUCCGUUCGUUUGCCUAAGUGGAUUGAUGACGUGGCACCUGAUCUAAGGUGGAUGACAAAGCAGACGAGCUGGGUUGGAUACGUGGCGGUCUGCGAUGAUCCAAAGGAGAUCCGACGGAUGGGGAGGAGGGAGAUCGUGAUCGCGCUCCGUGGAACCGCCACGUUGCUCGAGUGGUCAGAGAAUUUCAGGCCGAAUCUCGUUUCGAUGCCCGAGCCCAAACCCGAUCCAUCCGACCCGACACGGCCCAAGGUGGAGUGUGGAUUCAACAGCCUCUACACAACGGGUAGCCAACACGCGCCUAGCCUCGCCGACUCUUUAGUCGCAGAGAUCAGCAGACUCGUCGAUCUAUACGCAGGAGAGGAGCUGAGCAUAAGCGUCACUGGACACAGCCUCGGCGCCGCCAUAGCUCUCCUAGCCGCCGACGAUAUCGCGGAGCGUGUUCCACACGCGCCUCCGGUGUCGGUGUUUUCCUUCGGCGGACCUCGCGUCGGAAACAGGGAGUUCGCGGAUAGGCUGGAUUCGAAAGGAGUGAAAGUCCUCCGCGUCGUGAACAGCCAGGACGUGGUGACGAAAGUUCCCGGAAUAUUCGCCGAUAAUGAUAAGAACAAGCAGGGGCAGAAUCGUAAUAACGGGGGUAUAAGGGAGAUGGUGGAGAGGAACAAUCCAUGGGCUUACUCGCACGUGGGAGCUGAGCUGCGCGUGGACAUGAAGAUGUCUCCGUAUUUGAAACCUAACGCUGACGUGGCGUGCUGUCAUGACUUGGAGGCGUACUUGCACUUGGUUGACGGGUUUUUAGCUUCGAACUGUCCGUUUAGGACAAACGCGAAACGGAGUUUGAGGAAGCUGUUGGAUGAGCAACGGUCCAACGUCAAGGUUUUGUAUACAGGGAAGUCUUUGAGACGCAACCGUAGUUAUGUUCUUGAUUACGGAGAUGUUUUGCCAAGUCCGUCGUCAUGAGCUCUGAAUUUUUCUUAAUACUUUCAAAACAUUGUUUUAUUCUUAUUUUUUUUUAUUUUUUUAUUUGGGUGGUGAAAAACCUGUGUGUUUUAUUUAUUUGUUAUGAUAUAUCUCAUAUCUGUCGCAAUUGGCCAGUUAAAUCCAAAUGUUUUUUUCUGGUACUAUAAGUUGCGUGUAAUGGAGACUUUUGUUGUUUGUUUUAAUAAAUGGUUGAUUUUGUAA